UUAGCGCGUCGGGACCGGCGGUCGUCUGUUGGUCCGGUCUGCCCGUGACCGUCGUCUGUUCUGUCCGUUCGACCCGCCCGUGGUCUCAGCAUGCGCGCCGCGGCGCUCGCCUGCUGCCUGCUGGCGUCCCUGGCCGCUGUGGCGCUGGGCGCUGCCGUGCCUGCCUGGAGCGACUCUGUGCAGCACGAGUAUGACCAGCUGGUGGCCGAGGCCGGUCGGGAACGCUGGCAGAGGCAGCACGGCGCACAGCCGGGAGAGGCCGAGCUGCGUCUGGCCACGCUGUCGGCGGCGUUGCUGACCCGACUGAAGGAGCAGCCCCACAACUGGGAGACGGUCCAGAGGCGACUGCAGCUGCAGCGUAACGCCGCCACGAUGAACCUGGGCAAGGUGGAGCUGGACGGUAUGCUGAGUGUGGACGGUGAGCUGCGCCAACAGAAGGUCUACGACGCCCUGCGGGAGUACCUGACGGCCCAGGGCGCCAUGGCCACUGCUCUCGGUAUGGAGUCGGCCUCCCAGCUGUGGUGGGCGCCGUUCACCACCGGCUCGGGUGAGGCCCGCUCGGAGCUGCAGACCCUGUGGUCGCGCACGGCGCCGCUGGUCUCUGGUCUGCUGGAGCACCUCCGCAGCCUGCCGGCGCCGGCCGGUGGCUCCGUCACCGACCUCGUGUACGCGUGCGCGGCUCGUGACGAUUGUGCCGAGCUGGUGAAGCUGGCGCUGCCCUACCCGACGUGGCUAACGUGGUAUCCGACCUCCUGCGGGAAAAGGAGCUGAGCACCGAGCAGCUGGCUCGGCUCUCGGAGCAGUUCCUCGGGCUGCUCGGUCUGCCGGCCGCCCCGGCCCGCUUCUGGCCAACUC